AUGACACAGGUGAGAGUUUUUCGUUUUUGGAGGGCGCAGAGAAAAAAAAGAAAGAAAGUGCGCUCUAUCGAACUGUUCGCACCAGUUUUUUUUCAUUUUCGAAAUUCAUUUUUUGUUUUUUUUUUGUUUUUGUUCUCCUUUCCAGCUGAUUAUCGAUGUUUUCUCGAUUAAUAAGUAAUAUUUUCAACUGUAGAACAUUUUUCAGCAUGUUGGGUUGGUACGGAACGUCGAUUUUGUCAUCUACACACGAAAAAACAGGUCAGUUUACUUGUUAUUUUGAACAUUCCCCAAUUUUAUGUUUUUUCAGAUUUUAUUGUAUCAAAGCGGUUAAAGAUAGGAUUAUUAUGAGGAAUAAAGGAUUUGACAACAUCCAAACCGAAAGUUUCCCACCAUCAAUCUCGACAAAACUGCCAGCGAACCAAUCAAACUCUCGGAAUCGAAUUGCUGUUAUUUUCAUCAAGCUGAGGAAAUGCUAA